AUGCCGGUCAUGAAGGGCUUGCUGGCCCCGCAGAACACCUUCCUGGACACCAUCGCCACCCGCUUUGACGGCACGCACAGCAACUUCCUGCUGGCCAAUGCACAAGGCCCUCGGGGCUUCCCUGUCGUGUAUUGCUCCGACGGCUUCUGCGAGCUCACUGGUUACGGCCGCACUGAGGUCAUGCAGAAAACCUGUAGCUGCCGCUUCCUCUAUGGCCCGGAGACCAGUGAGCCGGCACUGCAGCGGCUGCACAAAGCCCUGGAGGGCCACCAGGAGCACCGGACUGAGAUCUGCUUCUACCGCAAGGACGGCUCAGCCUUUUGGUGCCUCCUGGACAUGAUGCCGAUCAAGAAUGAGAUGGGUGAGGUCGUGCUGCUCCUCUUCUCCUUCAAGGACAUCACUCAGAGUGGAGGCCCUGGGCUUGGCCCCCCGGGUGUCCAUGGGGACAGUAGCCAUGAAAAUUCCCUUAGUAGGAGGGGCGCCAGCUCCAGGCUUCGGUCCUCCAAAAGGCAAAGCCGCACCGUCCUACACCGACUGACCGGUCACUUCCGUCGUCGGGGCCAGGGAGGCAUGAAGACCAACAACAACGUGUUUGAACCAAAGCCAUCAGUGCCCGAAUACAAGGUGGCCUCCGUUGAGGGGUCCCGCUGCCUCCUCCUCCACUACAGCGUCCCCAAGGCUGUCUGGGAUGGCCUCAUCCUCCUUGCCACCCUCUACGUCGCAGUCACCGUCCCCUACAAUGUCUGCUUCUCGGGUGAUGACGAUACCCCCGUCGCGUCCCGGCACACGCUUGUCAGUGACAUCGUGGUGGAGAUGCUUUUCAUCUUAGACAUCAUCCUGAACUUCCGCACCACCUACGUGUCCCAGUCCGGUCAGGUGGUCUCGGCCCCUCGCUCCAUCGGCCUGCACUACCUGGCCACCUGGUUCUUUGUGGAUCUCAUCGCCGCGCUGCCUUUUGAUCUGCUCUAUGUCUUCAACGUCACCGUGACCUCGCUCGUGCACCUCCUGAAGACCGUGCGGCUGCUGCGGCUCCUGCGGCUGCUGCAGAAACUGGAGCGGUACUCGCAGUGCAGCGCAGUGGUGCUCACGCUGCUCAUGUCGGCGUUUGCGCUCCUGGCCCACUGGAUGGCUUGCGUCUGGUAUGUCAUCGGACGCCGGGAGAUGGAGGCCAACGACCCCCUGCUCUGGGACAUUGGCUGGCUGCAGGAGCUGGGCCGGCGGCUGGACGCGCCCUACGUGAACGGCUCGGCGGGGCCGUCGCGGCGCAGCGCCUACAUCGCCGCGCUCUACUUCACGCUCAGCAGCCUCACCAGCGUGGGCUUUGGCAACGUGUGCGCCAACACCGACGCCGAGAAGGUCUUCUCCAUCUGCACCAUGCUCAUCGGCGCGCUGAUGCACGCCGUGGUCUUCGGCAAUGUCACGGCCAUCAUCCAGCGCCUGUACGCGCGCCGCUCGCUUUACCACCGCCGCGUGAAGGACCUGGAGGACUUCGUGCGCGUGCACCGCCUGCCGAGGCCGCUCAAGCAGCGCGUGCUCGAGUACUUCCAGACCACGUGGGCCGCCACGUGCGGCAUCGACGCCAACGAGUUACUGCGUGACUUCCCAGACGAGCUCAGAGCCGACGUCGCCCUGCACCUGAACCGGGAGAUCCUGCAGCUGCCGCUGUUUGGGGCAGCAAGCCGGGGCUGCCUGCGGGCGCUAUCCCUCCACAUCAAGACCUCCUUCUGCGCCCCGGGCGAGUACCUGCUGCGCCGCGGGGAUGCCCUUCAGGCCCACUACUACGUGUGCUCCGGCUCCCUGGAAGUGCUCCGGGACAGCACGGUGCUGGCCAUCCUGGGCAAGGGGGACCUGAUUGGGGCAGACAUCCCCGAGCCAGGGCCAGAUCCCAGGCCAGGGGCAGGCCCAAGCUCCGUGCUGAAGACCAGCGCCGAUGUGAGAGCCCUGACCUACUGCGGCCUACAGCAGCUAAGCAGCCGGGGACUAGCUGAGGUCCUGCGGCUGUACCCCGAGUAUGGGACUGCCUUCCGGGCGGGCCUGCCCCGGGACCUCACCUUCAACCUGCGCCAGGGGAGUGACACCAGUGGCCUCAGCCGCAGUGGCCGAUCUCCCCGCCUCUCCCAGCCCCGCUCCGACAGCCUCGGCUCCUUCUCAGACAAGACCCUGCCAUCCAUCACGGAGACCGAGCCUGGCCCAGUGCCCGGGGCAGGUCCCAGGCCCCUCCGGCCCCUCCUGCUGCCCAGCCUCAGUCCUGCCCGGCCUCAGGGUUCCCUCGCCAGCCUCUUGGGCGAGGAGCUGCCCCCGUUCUCCGCCUCUGCCUCCUCCCCCUCUUUGUCCCCCUCCCCCCACGGCCUCCCUAGAGGUUCAGCUGCCUGGAAGCCCCCCCAGCUUCUUAUUCCUCCACUGGGAACCUGUGGACCUCCAGACCUCAGUCCCCGGGUAGUAGAUGGCAUUGAGGACUCAGGCAGCACAGCUGAGGCCCCCACGUUCCGGUUCAGCAGGAGGCCUGAGCCCCCAAGGCUCCGCUUGCAGUCCCCCCCUGCAGGCAUCGGGCCUGGCCGGGCACUGACCACCGAAGCGGAGGAGGUGCAGGAGAAAGUCUGCAGGCUGAACCAGGAGAUUUCCCGCCUCAACCAAGAAGUGUCUCAGCUGAGUCAGGAGCUUCGGCACAUGGUAGGGCUGCUGCAUGCCCACCUGGGUCGCCCAGGCCAGCCAGCACCUGCAGCCUGGCCCCCAGACCCUUCCUGUCGCCAGCGAAGGCCACCAAGCAGGUCUCCAUGUGUGUCUGGACAGCCCCAAAGCCUCCAUGACAUGACACGUGCUGAGGUCCUCCGCACAGCUGGUGCUAGGACAGCGGAGAUGAGGGCCACAGUGUCCCCACUGGCCCCCUGUCCCUCAGAGCUGGACUCGCUGAGCCCCUCCCCAGGACCAGAGGCUUCUCCGAGCCUUGCCCAGCCUAGCUUCCGGUCCAGGUCGGACACGCUGCACUGA